GAGCGGAAGUGUUACAGUUCAGCGGUGAAGAGAGUUUUAAUGGUGGAUGGCGGACCGCUCUGUUACUACACUUUGAUAUCACGAGUGAAACUGUAAUCAGUCAAUACUAUUCUAGUCUUUAUUCUUUCUGUCUGCUAAACCGAAGUUCCUUAAACAAUGAUUGAAGCGGUGAAGCGGGCGGCGGACAUGGCGAUCGUCCCUGCUGCUGUGAAGAGACCGAGAACUGAACUGGUGGCCGCGGCUCAGUCUCAGCAGCUCUCCACCACGGGUCCUCCUCGUAGCUCCAGUUUGCAGGCUCCCAUCAUGUUGCUGUCUGGUCAUGAGGGUGAAGUCUAUUGCUGCAAAUUUCACCCAAAUGGAACCAUGCUUGCUUCUGCAGGAUUCGACCGUCUCAUCUUGUUAUGGAAUGUGUAUGGAGAAUGUGAGAAUUUUGCCACACUGAAGGGCCACAGUGGAGCUGUGAUGGAGCUUCAUUACAAUAUAGAUGGCAGUUACCUUUUCUCAGCUAGUACAGAUAAGACUGUAUGUAUGUGGGAUAGUGAGACGGGUGAGCGUGUAAAGCGUCUGAAAGGCCACACAUCCUUCGUGAACUCUUGCUUUCCUGCUCGCCGAGGCCCACAGCUGGUCUGUACUGGCAGUGAUGAUGGAACUGUUAAGUUGUGGGAUAUCAGAAAAAAGGCAUCUGUUCAUACGUUUCAAAACACCUACCAAGUCCUAAGCGUGACCUUCAAUGACACAAGUGAUCAGAUCAUCUCAGGAGGCAUUGAUAAUGACAUCAAGGUGUGGGACCUGAGGCAGAAUAAGCUGAUUUACAGCAUGCAGGGACACGACGACUCAGUGACAGGACUCAGCCUCAGUUCAGAUGGAUCUUACUUACUGUCCAACUCCAUGGACAACAGUGUGCGCGUUUGGGAUAUCCGACCAUUUGCCCCGAAAGAGAGAUGUGUGAAGAUCUUCCAGGGAAAUGUCCACAAUUUUGAAAAGAAUUUGCUGCGAUGCUCAUGGUCACCAGAUGGCAGUAAAAUAGCGGCAGGCUCCGCUGACAGGUUUGUGUACAUCUGGGACACUACCUCUCGUAGAAUCCUCUACAAGCUUCCUGGUCAUGCAGGAUCGGUCAAUGAGGUGGCCUUCCAUCCAGAGGAACCUGUUGUUCUGACUGGAUCCAGUGAUAAGCGCCUUUACAUGGGGGAGAUUCAGUAGUGAGAGGGAGAGAGAAGGGGGGUGGGAUUUGUUGGGCUUGAGCUUGGUGAUAUGGAGGAAUUCAUUUCUGUUUGACCGUGGAUAAAAUGUGCUUUUCUAUUAUUUUAAUAAACCAAGUUUUGGAGAAA